UGACGUAACCUCGGCGUCCGGCUACGAGUUCUUGGAGUGAACAUGUGGGUCAGCGGCACUUUGUGGUUGGCGCGAACCCCGGCCCUGCUGCGGCGGAGGUGGCUACCUGCCCCCGGCUGCCGCCGGUCUGCUGCCACCACCUACUCUGCAUCUGCCGACCCCUCCCGGGUCCGGGCGCUGGUCUAUGAGCACCACGGGCACCCAGCCAAGGUCGUCGAACUGAAGAACCUGGAGCUCCCUGCUGUGGGCGGGUCGGACGUCCACGUGAGGAUGCUGGCGGCCCCUGUCAACCCAUCUGACAUAAACAUGAUCCAAGGGAAUUAUGGCCUCCUUCCCAAACUGCCUGCAGUCGGAGGGAACGAAGGCGUUGGACAGGUGGUGGCGGUGGGCAGUAGCGUGACCGGGGUGAAGCCAGGAGACUGGGUGAUCCCAGCAGCUGCUGGUUUGGGAACCUGGCGGACCCAGGCUGUGUUCAAGGAGGAAGCGCUGAUCGCAGUUCCCAGCGACAUCCCUCUUCAGAGUGCCGCCACACUGAGCGUCAACCCCUGCACGGCCUACCGGAUGCUGGUGGACUUCGAGCAGCUGCGGCCAGGAGAUUCUGUCAUCCAGAAUGCAUCCAACAGUGGUGUGGGGCAAGCAGUCAUCCAGAUCGCCGCAGCCCUGGGCCUAAGGACCAUCAACGUGGUCCGAGACAGACCUGACAUCCAGACGCUGACCGACAAACUGAAGAAUCUGGGGGCCGAGCACGUUAUCACAGAAGAGGAACUAAGAAAACCCGAGACAAAAAACCUCUUUAAGGACACGCCUCCGCCGCGGCUCGCUCUCAACUGCGUCGGCGGGAAAAGCUCCACUGAGCUGCUGCGGUACUUGGCGCCCGGGGGAACCAUGGUGACCUACGGGGGCAUGGCCAAGCAGCCCGUCAUAGCUUCCGUGAGCCUGCUCAUUUUUAAGGAUCUCAAACUUCGGGGCUUUUGGUUGUCCCAGUGGAAGAAGGACCACAGUCCAGCCCAGUUCAAGGAGCUGAUCCUCACUCUGUGCGAUCUCAUCCACCGAGGCCUGCUCACGGCUCCCGCCUGCGCCGAGGUCCCCCUGCAGGACUACCAGGGAGCCUUGGAGACCUCGAUGCAGCCCUUCAUGUCUUCAAAACAGAUUCUCACCAUGUGAUAAUUCCCGCAGAGCCAGAGUGAAGUGGGAAGGGAAGGGGAUCAACAGAACUGGUUUGGGCCCUUAGUCUGGGCCCUCAACCUUCCACAGGCUGCUCCUCUCCUCCCUGUGACUUCCCACCGGGAGAGCUGUGAAGCCAGCCGAGGCUUUCUCCCAGGCCAGCCUCAGGGUACCUAAUAAGUCUGGGCUUCCUAAACACAAACAAGCAAAACCCAUAGAAGUCGCCCCUUUUGAGAAGGGCCGUCAUUGUCACUGUGCACCUGCCAUCUCCCGGGACUCAGAUGCCCCUCCUUGCCUAUCCUCCGUCUCUUCCCUCAGCGACGAUCAUUUACUGACGUUCUGAAAGCAGAGCCAGGGUGAGCCUGGCAGGGACCAGAGCCAGUGAGACUCAAUCUCUGCCCUCAGGCCACCCAAGCCCACGGAGGAGAAUAUUCUAAAAAGGCAGGCUGAGCCCUGGCUGGUGUGGCCAAGUUGACUGAGCACAACUGAAAGGUCACUGGUUCGAUUCCCAAUCAGGGCACACGCCUAGGUCGCCGGCCAGGUCCCCAGUUGGGGGCAUGCGAUAUAUAUCUCUCUCAAUUGAUACAUAUCUCUCUCACAUUGAUGUUUCUCUCCCUCUCUUUCUCCCUCCCCCUCUCCCUAAAAGUAAAUAAAUACAAUAUUUUUAAAAAUAAUGCUGUAUUUCUAAGAAAAAAUAAAUAAAAGUAAAAAAACAAGUUGAUUCAUUGUCAGGUGGUGUGCAGCUCAACAAAGAAUCAUCCAGUCCAAAAUGCGAUAGUGCCUCUGUUGGGAAACCCUUUGUUAAGCCAGUAAUCCCACAACAGUUCCCACAGUGAUCAGCGAGCUACCGAAGUGUGGGAAGGUCCGUGUGGGAAGGUCUGCAGGUGCCCUCUGGGUAAGAUUUGCCACCUUACACACCUGGGUUCAGGAUCCACUGCAAGUCCCCCCAUCGCCCUGCCCUUUAUCCUCAGGACUAGGGGGACAAACGAUGUGUACAGAGCUUCUUAGGGCAGUGAGAAAAGCUGGAGAGGUGGUCAGGGGCUGCUCAAUGGCUUUAGGAGCGAGAAGUAAGGUCAGGUUCUUCAGGCAGUCCACACUUGGGCUCACAGGGCGUGAUAAGCCUGCGCAGAGAAGGGACAGGCCCCUGGUGUGGACCCGCAGGAGGCAUACAGGAAGGAGUAAGGUUCAGAGCACCAUGGUUAGAGGCCUCUGGAGGGCAUUCAAAACUCCUAAAACAAUACCCCUAGGGGCCUGGAGGUGACAUUUGGGUUGGGCUUUAAUGGGUGAUCGUUGUUUUCUCAGACAGGAAAGGAAGACAAGCGUUACAGAUUAAGAGACUAGAUUAAGCAAACUUAUAGAGGCAGAACAUUUAUGUUUGCAUCUUCUGAUUUUUCCCAAAAUAGCCAUUCUCUUCCUAGGAAUUAAAACUGGUGACCUUUAGGUGGGCACAUAGUAGGCUGCAAUAAACACUUCCCUGCCUCCCUUGCAGCGGAGAAGGUCUGUCCCUUGUGACCCAUGUAAGCAGAUUGCGUGUCAGUUUCUUAGGACCCUCUUUGGAGUAACUGCCAUCUCUCCUGAACUGCUUCUUCCCUUCCACCUACCGCCUGGCUGGGAUGCAGACGUGACUCCUAGGGUUUGCAUAGUCAUCUUCGACCGCGUUAAGAAUGGGGCAGCAGUGAAAUCACAGGAGCCUGGGUGAUACCCAAAAGCUUUGACUGUCCAUCUUGGGAAUUGAGAAAUAAGUUUUCCUAAGAAAUAAGCUUCUGUGAUAUUUAACCCCCUCGUGUUCGGGCUUUCUCUGAACCUAAUCAUAACUGAUACGUAUUCUACGAUUCAAUUCAUAUUGAAAUCAAGUGAGUCAAUCUGAAGCUGAAAAAGUGAAUUGUGGCAGUUUGUGAUUCCCAGCUAAGGAACGUGGACUUGAUCCCAUUGGCAGUAAGAAAAGAUUUCUGGGCCAAAAGAUCAAAAACUGCUUUGGAAAAAUCCCGCCGGCAGCAUGUUGGAAAAUUUGGGGAAGGGAGGCACUAAAAAAUAAAAUCAGAAAUUCCCAUGCUCCUGAAUGUUAGGUAAGUAAAAAUCUCCCCUAAAUCUCAAAGACCGACAUAGGGGUUACCAGCGUUUACGAGGCCAGCAGAGGAAAGGAGACAGACAAAACAGUGUCAGAAGAGAAU